AUGUCCCCUGUCAUAGAUCGAUCGUGCGAGUUUAAUGCUGCCAAGAUUGAUCGAGUUGAACCACAGGGGAAUGGGUCUGAUCACCGCACUGCUAGAGCUUCUUUCAACUUCGGAGACGCCGACCCCGAGGCAGUAGAAUGUCUGGUGCAGUUUUUAUAUCUCUGGGAUUACGAAGUCGUAACUGCUAUCUCGAGCGAUGCCCCUGACGAGGACAUACUUCGAGAGGACGACGACUAUUCACCUGUUACAGAGAAAGAAACUACUCUCGAGGCCCGGCUGUUGAUUCUUCACGCCAAAGUCUUUACGCUUGCGCACAUGUACGACAUUCCUCGCCUCGGAGAGUUAUGUAUCAAGAAGUUCAAGGGAGUGGCUCAGCAGCAAUGGAAAUCCAGUUAUUUCUUGGACGCGGCCCGGGAGGCGUACACCGCUACUCCAACUGACAUCCUGGAAAUGCGGAAAGCUAUUGUGGAAAUAUUCUAUGAGAACCGCGCAUUAUUGGACGAGAGUCGAGUCCAGGCAUUUCUACUGGAGAUACCUCAACUGAUACUGGAUAUCGCAUUAUACAUGAACAAGCCUCCAACGCCAUUCUUCGGCGACGCGGGGGAUAGGUGGACUUUUAGAUAA